CUGUACUGUCUAUGUGUCUAAUUCCUGUAGUGUGUAAUUAUUUUAUACAAAUAUAAAAUAUAUUUUUUAAAAAUUAAUUAAAAGUGUGAUUCAAAUAAUGGUUUAUAAAACAAUUCAUGUUUUAUCACAAAUUCCUCAAUUAUUUGAAACAACUGUCAAAGCACUGCCUAAUUGUCAAAUAAUUAAUAUAGGAUUAACCGAAUGGAGCGGUAAGUUUGAUUUGAACUUAAAUAUUGGUGACCAAGAGAUCAGUGAUCUUCAGGAGGCAAACAUAGUGUUUGGAGAUCCAAACCUAUUGGCCCAGACAUUGCAUAAGUUGCCAAAUGUUGAAUGGAUGCAAAAUACUUGGGCUGGCAUUGACUGGUAUGUGAACUGGUUGUCGAAAAGUGGUCAAAAACCUCCACAACAUCUAAUUACUAGAUUUUCCGGGGAAUCAUUUGGUCAGUCUAUGUUUGAGUAUACUAUUGGACACAUCAUUAUAAAUGAACGCAAUUUUUUCAAAGAUUAUAUAAAUAGCAAACUUAAUAAGAAAUGGGAAAAAAAUAUUGUUUGGGAUUUCAAGUGUAUUAACGAAAUGACAAUUUGUAUACUCGGCGGAACCGGUGCUAUCGGAACUUAUAUGGCCAACAAAUUUCAGACAUUAGGAGCUCGAGUACUGGCUUAUGGACGGUCACAAAGAACUGGACUAUCGAUUGAUAAAUACUCGACAAAAUUGGACGACGUAUUACCCGAUUGUGAUUAUCUGAUUAGUGUAUUGCCAUCGACACCGCAAACAACUGGUCUCUUAAACAAUGAUAUACUCAAACUUUGUGCCGCAAAGAAACCCGUUUUUAUAAACAUAGGAAGAGGUUCAGUGAUAGCCGAAAGUGAAAUAAUUAAAGCUUUAAAUAAUCAAUGGAUUAGCGGUGCAGUACUGGAUGUGUUUGAAUGCGAACCGUUACCCGACUCGAGUCCUCUCUGGUCUCAUCCAAAAGUGACGAUUACUCCACACAACUCUGCUAUCACUCGACCUAAAGAUUGUGUCAAAGUUUUUGUCGAUAACUAUCAAAAAUUUCUGUCCAAACAACCCAUGCUUUAUACUAUUGACUGGAAUAGAGGCUAUUAAUUAAUAUUAUUAUUAUAUUAAA